CGGAGCUACUCCUUGCCCUGGAGGAAGUGUCCGCCUACGCGGCUUUGGUCCAAGAACCGUGGAUAGCGUCGGGCAACACGGUGGCUGGACUGAAGUCGCCCAACUAUGAUUUAUACGUCCCGACAUUGCAACGACGAUCUAACCGUGGUGGUGCUGGAGAGCCGUGAAGGAUGUUUGCUGCUGGCAUCCUGUUAUAUGGCCCACGACAAGCCGGCUCCACCUGACGAGCUGCGGAGGCUGGUGGACAUGGUCUGCUCCUCCAAUAAGCAUAUUAUUAUCGGAACGGACGCCAACGCCCACCAUAGCGUCUGGGGAAGUCCCGACAUCAACGACAGGGGUGAGUCAGUUCUUGAUUUUAUCCUUAACCAUAAGCUUAGACUAGCCAACAGGGGUGAGGUAUCUACCUAUGUAGGUCCCACCUCCAGUAAUGUGCUGGACUUAACGAUUUCAACUGAGUGUACCAAUGUUGAAGAGUGGAGGGUCCUGGACAGACCCUCCUUCUCGGACCAUAAGUACAUUCAAUUUACCAUUCCUUUUAACAGGGUACCUGCGGCUCAGCCGUUCAGAAAUCCCCGUAACACGAACUGGGCGAAAUUCUCUAGCCUUGUUUCCAAGUCUCUUGGUUCGCCGGGUAACAUCAACUCGGUGCAGGACCUAGAAACUAAUGUCAAUGUCCUUUCUGCAGGACUACUUUCAGCGUUUCGCCAAUCUUGUAGACUCUCAAGACCGACGAGAAGAUCGAAGCCACCCUGGUGGAACCCAGAUCUCUCAUCGCUACGUGGAGAGCUUACUAGCAUGUUUCAACUUGCUAAGAAGGCGGACAACGAAUAUGUCUGGGACGAGUAUAGGUCUCUCCUGAAGUCGUACAAGAAGAUGAUCCGAUCAUCCAAAAGGUCUUCAUGGAGAACCUUCUGCUCGGACCUGGAUAACAUCAAAGACACCUCCAGACUGAGGAAGCUGCUGUCCAAGCAGGCUUCCAGUCCUAGUCUGCUCAAAGACAACGAUUUGCUGCGGUACAGCCCAGAUUCGUUUAGAUACCUCGUUAGCACCGAUGAAAACACCUUUGUGCCAUCAAGCUUCGCACUCCGAGCCUAUCCUGGCGACACCCCCUUCUCCAGUUCCACGGAAACGAACAUGCGUAGAGGCAGAUCCAAUGCCCCGACCGACUCCUAG